AUGCACAUCACGCCGCAGUCGCUGCGCCUCGCUGCUUGGUCGGCCUUCGCAGUCUACACAGCAAACGCCGACCAUAUUAUAGAAAAUCUCAGUUUUGGCUACCAACCGGGCCACGAAAUCUCACCCAACUACCAUGACAUCCCUCACUUCACUGUCAAAGGCGCAGACGACUAUGAGCCCCAAGUCCUUUCCGACCGCGUCAUUCUUACGCCUCCGUACCCUGGCAACAAGCGCGGUUCAAUAUGGGCAUCAGAUCCGCUGUACCACAAAGGCGACUGGACGGCACAGUUGGACUUUAGGGCAUCAGGCAUGGAGCGAGGAGGCGGAAACCUGCAGUUUUGGUAUGUCAAGGAAUCACAGGCGGGGGAGCCACCCUCGAGCUUGUUUACGGCGCCAAACUUCGAUGGACUCGUGCUGCUCAUAGACCAGUACGAAGGCCAUGGAGGGUCCAUCCGCGGUUUUCUCAAUGAUGGAACAAAGAACAUCAAGGCGCACCCUGAUCCAGACACGCUGGCCUUUGGCAAAUGCGACUAUGCAUACAGAAACCGCGGCGAGCUCACGCCAAUCAAGCUGCACCACACGCAAGAAUACUUGGAGGUCAUUGUUGACGGCGCACUUUGCUUCAAGACGGACAAGGUCAAACUCCCCGAAGGUUACUACUUUGGUAUCAGCGCUUCCUCUGCCGAAAACCCAGACUCGUUUGAAGUGUUCAAGCUCAUCAAGCAAGUCGGUCUCGAGCAUACCAAGGGCGAUCUCGGUGUUGGAUUCGAUGCCGAUAUUGUGGUUUUUGAUGAUACCGCUGAAUUUACCGUCGAACCCAGCACCAUGCUGUUCCGCAACAAGGUCUCGCCGUAUGAAAAUAAGAAACUCAGGGGUGUCGUGCGCGAGACGUGGUUGCGUGGUAAACGCAUUUUCUCCCGCGCUGAUGGCUUCCUGGAGAAGACGGGGCCGCAGGGGAAGUUGCUGCUUGAGCAGAGGAAGAGGAGUGCGUAG